AUGUCCGACCAGAACCAGCAACAGCAGUCCAAGGGCAACACCCUCGGCUCCGUAACCGACACAGUCGGCAAAGGUGUUGGUGGCGCGACAAACACACUCGGCAACACAGUAUCCGGGCUCGGCAAGGGCGUUGGCGACACUGUGACGGGUGUGACAGGCGGCUUGGGCGAUACGACCAAGGCCGCUGGCGGUAUGGUCAGUGAUACGACCAAGGCGGGUGGCGAGGCCGUGGGAAUGAAGAAGAACGAGCAGCAGCCGGGAGGACAGCAGUAG